AUCCCAUAUCCUAGGAUAGAUCUUCUCUCUCUGAAAUAACGCAUUGCAUUGCAUCAUUAAGCAUUAAGCAUGAAAAGCUCUAGUACAUUUUUUCGCCUGGUAAUUAUCUUCUUCUUCACAAUACUUGCUGUUGUGAUCUCAAGGCCGCCGGCACUGGCGCCGCAGCCAGCCACCGAGCCGGCCGAGAGUCCCCAAGCGUUCAUCGAGCAAUGCUGCAAUGCACCACAAUUCGUGAACCCCAAAACAUGCUACGAGUUGCUGUCCCCCUACGCCGCAAAUAUCCAUUUCGGAAACAGAACAAAGGGUGCCUUUGAACUGAUUGGGGUGGCCUUAAAUCUCGCCAUGGAUGAAACCUGCGCCGUUAAAGAUACAAUCGCCAAGCUCAUAGAUCGCGUUAAUAAGAACGGCUUCAAGAAUGUCCCGGAGCUGCUGCUGGAAGUCAUCACAGAUUCUCUCACGCAGUGCGCCGGCCACCUGGGGGACUCCAUAUACAGGAUAGAACAGUCGGUGGGUCAGUUGCAGGAACUGAACAUGACUUCAAAGGGGGACUUGCAGUUUCAGAUUAGAACCGUCCUGGCGUGGGUGAUUACCGCGGAGUCUUUUGAAGGUGAUUGUACGGAGGCAAUAGUCAAAACAGUGUUUGCUGUUUUCUUCCGGGAAAACAACGUCACAGCUCCGCUCAAUCGGGCUGUCUCUUUGACGCAAACUGCCCUUGCUUUGGUUGCUUGUACGGCCGACCAUUUAAUCUCCUAACUUAUUAAGGGUGUUUCAAACUGAUUAUUCUUUUGUUACAUGAAUACGUUUUUCGGAAGUCGGAGUCUUCUAACUUCUAAAAUUACUCUCUUGUCCAAACACUCUAAUAUCUGUUUAUGGUUCCUUAAGAAGCAAAAACAAUUUUAAGAUGCUUUGAUAUACUCUGUUCCAUUUUAAUCACAACAUUUUGAAUUUUACAUUA